AUGGGAUUAUUUCGAAGAGCUUUCAUGUCCGCCAUUGGAGUUCCAGAUCACGAAAAGAUUGCCGAAGAGCAACGAAAGGGAACUUAUACUUGGAAGAAAGAGCAUUUAACUAAAGACCAACUGAGCAGAACCAGUGACAAUGCUGAUCGCUACAGUGGAAUUCCUGCCAUCCCUACUGAUAUCGCCUAUCAGAGUGGCAAAGAAAUUUCUGGAAAAAAGCAAUCAGGAGUUACAAGCAACAUCACAGGUAAUCCCUUCGUUAUAGUUGGAAUGGGAUUAACCACAGCUGCUUUGUUAGGAAUGUUCAAAUCUUCCUUCUUGGGGGACAAGCUAGGAGCACAGAAGUACAUGCAGUAUCGUAUUAUGGCUCAGUUCUUCACUGUUACAGCUUUAGUUGCUGGAGUAACCAUCUUCGGUUCUACUUAUGAGGAAGAGACGGUGAAGAAAUCCGUCCCUCAAUAG